AUGGCCGGUCCGCAGCAAUCGUCUUCCGGCUAUUACGAAUCCGCCGUUACUCCUCCGCCUCCUAAGCUGGAUACCAAAUUCGGAGCUCCUCCCCUUUCUUCUCCCCCGUCGUCUUCACCGUCAAUACCAAGGUUCCCUCCUCCGCCGGUAAUAAACCCUAACCAGAUCCCUUCCCCAUCGAUAAAGACUCCCAAUUUACCGUCUCCUGCAAAUGGGAUCCGAGCUGGUAGCCCCGUGCCCCACAUGAGCACGCCUCCUGGCCCACCGGUCUUUUCAUCUCCUCUCCAACCGGCUGCUGUUCCAUUUAGAACCUCCCCUGCAACUCCUCAGCCCAUUGCUUAUUCUUCUGGUUCAUCGUUACCCACCUCCUCGCCACCUCUGCAUUUUUCGAAUGGGUCAGUGGAGCUUCAGCAUCAACUUACUGAGGAACUUGAUACUGCUGCUGAGUCUCCAAAUGUUUUGUUCUCAGCUCACAAGGUUCUGAAACAAAAGAAACUGGCUAAUGUGCCUAGCUUAGGAUUUGGUGCAUUAGUUUCUCCUGGCAGGGAUGUUUCACUAGGUCCCCAGAUAAUCCAGCGCGAUCCACAUCGCUGCCAAAAUUGUGGAGCUUAUGCCAAUCUUUACUGCAAUAUCUUACUCGGUUCAGGCCAGUGGCAGUGUGUAAUAUGUAGGAACUUGAAUGGAAGUGAAGGUGAAUACAUAGCUCCAAGCAAAGAAGAGCUUCGGAAUCUGCCUGAACUAUCAUCUCCUUUGGUCGAUUAUGUCCAAACUAGUAACAAAAGACCUGGCUUUGUUCCUGUAUCUGAAUCUAGAGUAUCUGCCCCCAUUGUUCUGGUAAUAGAUGAGUGUUUAGACGAACAACAUCUGCAGCAUCUGCAGAGCUCCUUGCAUGCAUUUGUGGAUUCCCUACCCCAAACAACUCGAAUCGGAAUUGUGCUCUAUGGCCGCACGGUUUCAGUGUAUGAUUUCUCUGAAGAAUCUAUGGCAUCUGCCGAUGUGCUUCCUGGUACUAAAUCACCAAGUGAAGAAGAAUUAAGGGCAUUAAUCUAUGGAAGUGGGAUAUAUUUGUCGCCAGUCCAUGCUUCUCUUCCGGUAGCACAUGCAAUCUUGUCAUCAUUGACGCCAUAUAAGCUGAUCCUUCCAGAAGUCUCUCGAGAUCGUUGCUUAGGUACGGCUGUGGAGGUUGCAAUGGCAAUUAUUCAGGGACCAUCAGCUGAAAUGUCGAGAGGGAUUGUCAAAAGGCCCGGUGGAAAUAGUAGGAUCAUUGUGUGCGCUGGUGGGCCGAACACUUAUGGCCCUGGUUCAGUUCCACAUUCUCUUAGUCAUUCAAAUUAUCCAUAUUUGGAGAAAACUGCAAUUAAAAGGAUGGAGACUUUAGGCCGUGAAGCUCAGCGUUGUAAUACAGUUGUGGAUAUACUUUGCGCUGGGACAUGCCCUGUUCGUGUUCCUAUACUGCAGCCUCUUGCAAAAUCAUCCGGAGGUGUUCUGAUCCUCCAUGAUGACUUUGGGGAAGCAUUUGGUGUGAACUUACAGAGGGCAUCCACGAGAGCUGCAGGUUCUCAUGGUUUGGUGGAAAUCCGGUGUUCGGAUAAUAUAUUUGUUAGUCAAGUCAUUGGUCCCGGAGAGGAGGCACAUGUGGACAGUCACGAGUCGUAUAAGUCUGAUAAUUCUGUUUCUAUACAGAUGCUGAGCGUUGAAGAGACACAGAGUUUUGCGGUAUCGAUGGAAACUCGUGGGGAUAUCAAGAGCGAUUUUGUAUACUUCCAAUUCGGUAUUCAAUAUUCGAAUGUGUAUCAAGCUGAUAUCUCGAGAGUAAUUACUGUUCGGCUGCCUACAGUGGACAGUAUUUCGGCUUAUCUGGAGAGUGUUCAGAGCGAAGUAGCUGCUGUUCUUACCGGAAAGCGGACUCUUUUGCGAGCGAAAAACUUCCGUGAUGCUGUUGAUAUGCGAGCAACUCUGGACGAGAGGAUUAAAGAUGUUGCGAGCAAGUUUGGUUCGCAGGUUACCAAGUCAAAGCAUUAUUAUCGGUACCCUAAAGAGCUCUCGCUAUUGCCCGAGCUCUUGUUUCAUCUUAGAAGAGGCCCACUCUUGGGAAGUAUAAUUGGUCAUGAAGAUGAAAGGUCUGUUUUGCGCUCUUUAUUCCUGAAUGCAUCCUUUGAUCUGUCCCUUCGUAUGCUUGCACCCCGCUGUCUAAUGCAUCGAGAAGGUGGAACUUUUGAGGAACUACCAGCUUAUGACCUUGCUAUGCAGUCUGAUGCUGCCGUUGUUCUGGAUCAUGGCACUGAUAUCUUCAUUUGGCUGGGUGCCGAACUUGCUGCACAGGAAGGGAAGAGUGCAGCAGCUUUGGCAGCGUGUAGAACGUUGGCUGAGGAGCUGAGUGAGCUGAGAUUUCCUGCUCCUAGGAUUCUUGCUUUUAAGGAGGGGAGCUCUCAGGCUCGAUAUUUUGUUUCUCGCCUCAUACCAGCACAUAAAGACCCUCCUUAUGAGCAGGAGGCAAGGUUUCCUCAGCUUCGAACAUUGAGUUCAGAACAACGAAUGAAGCUGAAAAGUAGUUUUGUUCACUUUGAUGAUCCUAGCUUUUGUGAGUGGAUGCGGAGUUUGAAUGUUUCGCCACCGGAGCCAAUAAGCUGA